UCCAGGACGACGGACCGGAUGUCGACGGACAGCACACAACCCCAUACGCCCAGUCACGAGGUGGCGGUCCGUCCGCCGCCCUCGGCCGCCAACCAGUGGAAGCGGGCCGCUUUGAUGGCCCGCAUGGCGCCGGCAUUCCGGGAAACCGUAUCCGAUGACAGCGAGGACGAGGUGGACACCAAGAAGCAGAUCAAAUACGGCAGCGGCUUCCAGGCGGCCAAGGCCAUCAUACACGAGUACUGCGACUACACGACCAUCCAUGGCAUCCGGUAUCUGGGCGAGAAGAAGCGACCCUGGCUGGAGCGCCUCUUCUGGAUCAGUGUACUCGUGCUAUCCGUUUUCACCUGCGUCAAGCUGACCCUGAAUAUCUGGGACAAGUGGAACAACAAUCCGGUGAUUGUCAGUUUCGCCGAGAAGUCGACGCCCGUGUGGGAGAUUCCCUUUCCCGCCGUCACAGUUUGUCCAGAGACCAAAACACGACGUGCGAUAUUCAACUUUACGGAUUCGUAUCAUCAAGUGCGGGAUUUCGGCAAUAAUGUCAGUGGCAUUUCGGACCUUACCGAUAAGCAAAAGGGACUUUAUGGCGCUGUAUCGCAGGUUUGCGAACCCCACUUGCAUGAUGUAACGCUGGGUAAUAAAACCAGGAGGGGCAUGGAGAUCAUCGACGCCCUGACUGAGGUGUCGCCCCAUUUCGAUGACACCUAUCUGAAUUGCAAGUGGCGAAAUACACCUAUUAAGUGCAAUGAGAUAUUUCACAAAUUCGUGACGGAGGAUGGCGUCUGCUUCAGUUUUAAUUCUCUCAGUCCGGCUGAGAUCUUUAGGGCAGAGGGCAUUAUACCCGACUUUAUAUUCCGUGAGGAGAACCGCCUGUCCAUGGACUGGAAUGUGGAGGACGGUUAUAGCGCCAGUGCGGAUACUUCACCGUAUCCAAAUCGAGUUCUGGGUCCCGGAGCUCGAGCUGGUCUUUAUCUAUUUAUGGGUGGAGCGGAAAUCGAUUUCGACGACAUGUGCCGUGGUCCCGUUCAGGGUUUCAAGAUUCUACUACACACCCCUGGAGAUGUGGCCCAGGUGUCCAAGCAGUACUUCCGCAUUCCCUUCGACCAGGAAGUGCUCAUCUCCAUUCGCCCCAAAAUCAUUACCACCUCGGAUGGUCUGAAGCACUACGAGCCCAAUCGAAGGCAGUGUUAUUUCCAAAAGGAAAGGGAACUGCGUUACUUUAACAUCUACUCGCAGAGUAAUUGCGAAUUGGAGUGCCUGGCUAACUUCACCUUGACCAAAUGUGGUUGUGUUAAGUUCUCUAUGCCACGUAAUGUUAAUAUGCCUGUUUGUGGUGAUGCCAGCUUAAAGUGCUAUAACCAAGCGGAGGACGAGCUGCUGCUCAGGGAAUUCACCCAGGGUUUGGUUAACGCUGGGGAGAACACUCGGGGCGAAACUGAGUGCAACUGCCUGCCGUCUUGCACUUCGAUCGCCUACGAGGCUGAGAUUUCGCAGGCUGACUUCGAUUACAAGACGGUGAUCAAUACUGAUACGCCGGAGGGAAAAGCGGAACAGGAAAAGAGAAAGGGCAUGAAAAUGUCCCGAGUGUCGAUCUUCUUCAAGGAGGCGCAGUUCUUGACCUCUCGGCGCUCAGAGCUCUAUGGUACCACCGACUUUCUUGCCAAUUGUGGCGGUCUACUUGGCCUCUUCAUGGGCGUUUCCAUGCUGAGCAUUGUGGAGCUGAUCUACUUCUGUACGGUGCGUCUUAUUUCCAACUUAAGGAUGCGCCGCAAAACCCGCAAGGAACUGCUGAAGGCGGUCAACAAGGACGCCUAAUCGAAGGACCUCCAUUCGGCAGGGGCCAUAAAUAAUACAGAGUGCUGAACCGAAAGCCAAAGUUGAGCUGACUCUGCUGCUCUGUGUUUGUGUUGCGUUAAAUGUUAAAUCUGCAAACAAUGAAAAUAAAGUUGUACUCAGCACUAGACGGCAAA